AUGACAAUCUUGGUAUUGCGACACGUUUACGAGCCCGCCGUGCAGCUGUGCAGAACGGACAACGUGGUCAGCGCGAUGGCCGACCCGACGCUGAGCCCACCCCACCACCUCCCCAUGCGCAAAGGCGCGUGCGCCGGGCUCGAAUCGCGCUCAAACCCCUCAAGCCUCACGUUUCGAUUCGCGACGACCUCGGCCCCCAGACGGCCGUGUGCACCCACUGCAAGGCUCGGCACUGGGAGUGCGAAAGGUCGAAGUCGACCGGCAACUUCAGCACGUGCUGCUCGCAGGGCAAGGUGCGGCUACCUCCCCCUCCCCAGCCCAAUCUCGAGUAUCGGCAGCUUCUUGAAGGCUCGGAUACCGGUCAGUUGCUCCGCCCAACAACAUUCGUCUGCAGUAGACACACAUGCUGAACUGUGCGACAAUUUUCCCACGACAAUCUUCCCACGCACACAGAAGCUAAAGCGUUCCGCGUGAACGCCCGUUCGUACAACAACGCGUUAUCGUUCACUUCGCUCGCUGCCCAUUGGGACCAAACUCCAGUGGGCACGCUAGGACCACCCGUGUUCCGUGUAUUUGGUCGACUUUAUCAUCGACUCGGCGCCCUGAUCCCUGCCGUCAAUCAACGCCCAGCCUUUGCUCAGACAUGGCUCAUCGACCCGGUCGAGGCCACCGACACUCGACUUGGACCCGAUGGCACAGACAGUCGCAUGCAAAGAUCAACGUUGACCAAGCUCGAGUCCGUGUUGCGCACCGGCAAUCGCUUGGUGAGGGAGUUCGCAUCGGCCAAAGCUCGCGCAGGUUGGGAUACGGCCAAAGAGUGGAUCCUGCGCCUCUGCCUACCACCAGGCCGAGACCGACGCAUCCACAACCUUCCUACGUCAAGCACGGAAAUGGCGAUGCUUAUCUGCGAUUCCGACACCAACACGGGAGAUCGUGGACCGCAAGAUCUCAUUCUCCAGGUGCACGGUAAUCGAUGUCCCGAUGGUCGGCCCAAGUACCAAGUCGUUAGCUCGCUCCAUCCGUCCGCGAUGCCUCUCCGUUACCCACUACUAUUUCCUGCAGGGGAAGAUGGCUUCUACCCCAACAUUCCUCUUUGCGGGUUCCACCAAGCCGGGCCGCCAAUAGCCAGAAACCGAGAGCAGAUCGACAAUGGUGUCCAAUUGCGCGAGGUGCUUGCCGGUCUCGGUCUGGAUGACGAAGACGAAGAGGAGGACGAAGACCGCGACGAUGAGAAUGAAGACGGCGAGGAAGGUGAACGUGAACGUAAGCGUCUUCGGCUCUUUCUCACGUCGUCCAUUCUGUUGAGACGUAAGCACAGACUCACAUAGAAUGUUCGAACAUCUAGGACGAUCAUCAAGGAAAAGGGGUCGAGGUGGAUCAACCCGAGUCUCGCGUUCUCAAUAUCUUGCAUACUACUUGCACGAACGCGGCGACUACUUCUCAAUCCCACAUGCCACUCAGCGUCUCUUCCUCGAAUUCGUAAUCGACGGAUACUCCCAAGUCGAGACCGAUCGACUUAACUAUAUCCGCUUUCAUCAAGAAAACCUGCGCCUCACCACGGCGCAGGGCAUCACCGACGCGGUUGCCAACGGUUUGACCCCGGAUCAGAUUGGACGUUCGGUGAUAUUGGGGUCGACGUUCAAGAAUAGCCCGCGGGAGGUCACGCAGCGUUACCAAGAUGCGAUGGCGUGUGUCGUCAAAUAUGGGAAACCUUCGCUGUUCAUCACGGCUACGUGCAACCCCGACUGGCCGGAAAUCAAGGCUGCACUCGGGCCAAACGACCAAGCAAGCAACCGUCCGGAUCUCAUCGCACGAGUGUUUGAAGCCAAGCUGAACCGACUCUGCGACGAUGUCUUUGGCAAUAAGCAACGUGCGGGCUGUUUCGGCGUCGUUCUAACGCAUACACACGUCAUCGAGUACCAAAAGCGGGGCCUGCCGCAUGCCCAUAUCCUCCUCACCCUCGCGCCAGAUGAUCAUCCUCUGUCGACUGAGGCGAUCGACGUCUCUCAGCCGAGAUACCCGAUCCUUCGCGCUAUCCUGAUCUCCACGAGACCGUCACAAGGCACAUGCUGCAUGGCAAGUGUGACGGAAACUCGACUCAGCCCUGCAUGGAAAAGAACAAGUACGGUAACCCGAGGUGCAAGCGCCAUUUCCCUCGCGAACAGAACCCCCAUACCCGCAUGCACCCUGAUGGCUACCCGUUGUAUCGCCGACGCUUUCGCCACGCCGUCGUCAAGGGGGGUGUCAUCUACAACGAUGGUGACUGCGUGCCGUACUCGCCUUAUCUCUCCGCCAAGUACAACGCGCAUAUCAACGUCGAGGCUGUGACAACAAUCGGCGCGAUCAAGUACCUCUUCAAGUAUGUGUACAAAGGUCCGGAUCGAGCUGUGGCGCGUGUUGAGCGCGCAGCGAACCGUGAAGGGGCUCGCGAGGACGAACCGGUUCGAGAUGAGAUCAACGAGUUCGUCGAAGGUCGCUACAUCAGUGCUCCAGAAGCGGUCCACCGCCUAUUCGGAUUCUCGACCGGUAGAGUGUGGCCGCCCGUCAAUCGACUACUGGUCCAUCUGGAGCAUCAACAAUCUGUGCAGAUUAAUCCCGACGAACCGCUGCCCCUCGACACUCCCCCCACUCGCUCCAAAUUGACCGGCUUCUUCGACCUGUGCGCCGCAGGUCCCGACGGCGAGCUCACUGCCACAUUGCUCUACACAAAUGUUCCCUGCUACUAUUCCUGGAAUAAGGAGAAGCUGCGCUGGCAGCGCCGAGUUCGUGAUCGCAAUGUCAUCGGACCAAUUUACACCGUUUCACUGCGUAGUGGGGAGCGCUUUUACCUCAGACUGCUCCUCGAGGUUGUCAUGGGUCCCACGUCUUUUGCGGAUCUGCUCAAGUUUGAAGACGUCGUGUAUCCUUCCUAUCGCGCCGCUUGCGCCGCUCGCGGACUUCUCGCCGACGAUGGCGAGCACCACAUCUGUCUCAGGGAAGCUGCACAGAUUCGGACCGGUGACCAACUGCGGCGAUUGUUCGUGUUCAUGCUCAUCCAUGCGACCGUUGCCAACCCGCCAGCUUUACUGGAUCGCCACUUUGCUUCCCUGAGCGAUGAUGCCCGUUAUCACAUCGCAAAUUAUGCGGACGUACCCGUCAACGAUCAAACCAUCCGCCUGUGGACGCUCAACAAGAUUCGACUCCUUUUCGCAGCGAACGAUCGAACUUUGGCCUUCUUUGAUCUCCCCGAGCUCACCAAGGACGAAGUGCAGCUUUUCGAUCGUCCCGACGAUCGGCUUCCCCGUUUCGAUCGCGAGCAAUGUGCGCAAGAUGCCGAACAGGCACGUGCUCGCCUGAACCACGAUCAGCGUAUUGCAUUUGACGAGUUUCUUCGCGCGGUCGAGCUCGAUGUCGUCGAUCAGAUGCGCGACAACAACCUUGAGCGGCAGCAUGUGUUUUUCCUGCUUGCACCUGGGGGUACUGGCAAGACUUUUGUAGAGAAUGCCCUUCUCGAUACUGUGCGAGCUCGAGACGACCAAGCGAUUGCGGUGGCGUCGUCCGGAAUGGCGGCGUUGCUUCUCAAGGGAGGACACACAGCGCAUUCGACUUUUCGAAUCCCACUCGACACCUUGCCAACCUCGACGUGUCCAGUCGACAGGGAGAGUGAUCUCGCGCUGAUGCUGCGUACCACCAAGCUCAUCAUUUGGGAUGAAGCACCAAUGGCGCAUCGAUUCGCGGUCGAAGCGGUCGACCGUUUACUGCGUGAUCUCCGAGAGACCGAGGAGCUCUUCGGCGGGGUGACAACGAUCUUUGCGGGUCAGUUGGGCUCUUCCGCCUCCGCUCUGAUCGACGGCAUGCUGACGAGGUUUCCAAUUCGUAGGGGACUUUCGCCAGUGCCUUCCUGUCGUUCCCAAAGGAACUCCCGGUCAAAUCGUCGAUGCAUCCCUCAUCAAGGCAGACUUCUGGCGCGACGUUCGUGUCUUGCGACUUACCGAGAACAUGCGUCUCAGCUCGAACGCUGAUGCGAUGGACGAGGAUCAAUUGGCUCGAACGCGCGACUUUGCGGAAUGGCUACUCACCGUGGGAGAUGGAACUGCCAACAUGCAUCCAUACGACAAGAUUGCAGUACGUUUGGCUCUCCUCUUUUACCCAACCAACCGACACUAAGACCCCUUCUAUCCGUUUCGCAGCUGCCUGAUUACCUGCUGCUUCCGGACGGUCAAAGAACGGCCGAGGGGUUGAUCAACUUUAUCUACCCCGGUUUAAGGACCGUGAACAAGGAGUCCCUCGAAGACCUGAUUCAGCUGUUCUCACGUCAGGCAAUCCUAGCUCCGCAUAACGCAACGGUCGAUCGCCUCAAUGCCAAGCUGAUGGAAGAGUUCGAUGGCGACUACAUCGAGUAUCGCAGCGCAGACGAGGUUGUUGAGGCAGGCGAAACUGGGGGUGGAAUGGCGCCUGAAUUGAUUUCGCCAGAGUAGCUACAUUCAAUUAAUCCAUCCAACUUCCCCGCGCAUCACUUGCGUCUCAAGGAAGGGAUCCCUGUCGUUCUUCUUCGCAAUUUGGACCCAGACGCCGGCCUCUGCAACGGUACCCGCCUUAUCGUCUCACACGCAAGAUCGCGAGUCAUUCAAGCCAUCAUCUUGACCGGAGAUCGAGCGGGCACCACGGUCUUCAUCCCUCGCGUGCGACUCGAGGCAAAUGCGACUAGCAGUCGCCAACUUGGUUUCACUAUGCGUCGGCUCCAAUUCCCGCUUCGAGUUGCCUUGGCCAUGACAAUCAACAAAGCCCAAGGUCAAUCACUCGAUCGUGUUGGCGUCGAUCUCUCCCUGCAUCCCGUCUUCACUCAUGGGCAGCUGUUUGUGGCAUUGUCUCGAGCCAUGAGUGUUGAUCGAAUCAAGGUGCUACUGCCCUCUCGCGACCCCGCCGAUGAUGACGACAACCUACCUGCCGUCGAUCGAACGGCAGCCGCAACCAUCGUGACCCCAAACCCAGUAUUCCGCUCUGUUCUCAGGGCAAUGAAUGGAGAAUAA